AUGGCCCACAGAGACCUGGCCAGCGCCUUUCACCGGUUUCACCGCCUCCGUGCUUCCCAGGUGGUUUUUGCGCUGCAGCUCGCCAUUUUUGCUCUGAUCUGGGCCGGCGACUCCAUUUGUAACGCCAUCAAGGUGCCAAAGCCGCAGAUGUUGUCGUCUAUGCAGGAGAGCAGGAUGAUGACGAUCAUGGGCAUUUGGCUUGUUGGGAACAUGCUCUCAGCACAGCUUCUCAACACUGGUGCCUUUGAAAUCCAGCACGGCGACCAACUCAUAUGGCCCGGGCCUUGA